AUUUUUUAGCCUCGUACUCCAGCUCCUCGGCGGAUCGGUAGGGAAGCGCAGACGAGGAGGAAUAAGACAAAGUAUUUGGGAAAUACUCCAAAGCGACCGAGCGGAGAGGAACGCGCGCGGCCGCUCCCGUGUAACGUGACAUGCACGCGCACGAGACCAGCCGCUGUUGUGCAAUCUUCUCUCGGGUAAAGAAGACGUGUGGCGGGCCGCCAUUUUUCUCCUUCGGCGCCUCCAAAGUCCGCUCCGACUCGAGAAGCGGGAUUCAAGGAGGCCUUUCCGCGACGCGUGCCUUACCUUAAGACCCCGAGAAGAUUCUGCUAAAUAAUUUUCCACCGGCGACGUUGAGCAGACAUGAGGAAUUAACAGACUAAGCGAGGACACCGCUCCCUCCGCUUCGUCGCCUUCUCAGAACAGACACUAACCAGAGGAGAUAACUUACUAGACGAAAAUCUUAUCGUAAGGAGGAAGCAAAAGGGGAAGCUUCAUUGAACAUUUGUUGCGUUGACGGCCGUCCAUGUUUAUUUGUGUUAAGUUUUUUGUUUGUGUGUCUUCCUCGACCCUGCUGACCACAGGAAGCACAAUAUGGUCCAAAGUUGGAUCCGAGCCUGCUGUUUGUGAGCACGUCAGGUAGUUUGGUUGAGGGGAGCUCCACAACCUGCAAGGUGGGGCGGCCCACGGCGAAUGAGCUGCCCUGCAACCUCCACUUUGCAGUGACGUCAACACUCCCAGUCGAGAGACCAGGUUGUAGUUUUCCUCACCUGUUGGCUGACCUUUUUAAUUUAUUUUUAAACAGAGAUGUCCACUGCUCGCUUUGACUCAUCUGAUCGCUCGGCCUGGUAUUUCGGACCCGUGUCACGCCAAGAGGCACAGAAUAGGUUACAGGGACAGAGACAUGGCAUGUUUCUGGUUCGGGAUUCGUCCACCUGCCCCGGCGACUAUGUGCUGUCUGUGUCUGAGAACUCCAAAGUCUCUCACUAUAUCAUCAACUCUUUGCCCAGUAAGAGGUUUAAGAUUGGGGACCAGGAGUUUGAGCACCUCCCUGCCCUUUUGGAGUUCUACAAAAUCCACUACCUGGACACGACCACGCUGAUAGAACCAGCUCCCAGGUACCCAAGCACAGUCUGUGGUCCCAUCCAGCCCAUGGUUGGCCAAGAGGAGAACCUGGAGUAUGUUCGGACUCUGUAUGACUUCACUGGCAGCGACGCAGAGGACCUCCCCUUCAAGAAGGGUGAGAUUCUAAUCAUCUUGGAGAAGCCAGAGGAGCAAUGGUGGAGUGCCAAGAGCAAAGAAGGCCGUGUCGGCAUGAUCCCCGUGCCCUAUGUCGAGAAACUGGUACGACCUUCGCCCCACCCGGGCCAGCCCACCCUCGGAUCCCGCAACUCCAACAGCUACGGCAUCCCUGAGCCUUCGCACGCCCUCAUCCAUGCCUAUGCCCAGCCGCAGACCCCUUCGCCGCUUCCUCCUGGCACUCCCGGAGCCGUCAUCACUCCGCUGCCGUCGUUGCAGAACGGACCCGUCAUUGCAAAGGCCAUCCAGAAACGAGUGCCCUGCGCCUAUGACAAAACAGCUCUUGCGUUGGAGGUGGGCGACAUAGUCAAGGUGACGCGCAUGAACAUCAGUGGUCAGUGGGAGGGUGAGGUGAACGGGCGCAGGGGUCUCUUCCCAUUCACCCACGUGAAAAUUGUAGACCCCCAGAACCCAGACGAGAGUGACUGAAUGACCCGAGCCAAGUGACUGGAACCUUCUUGCCUGGACCGAGCUGUACGUGAGUCUUUUGGGUGCCCCCUCCCAAUCCCAACCUUCCUCUCUUUCUCUCUCUCCCCCUCCCAAAGUGUCACUUUGUGCUUUUCCUGCUGAGAGGCGGUACCCUGACAAGGCCCACCCCCUUUCUUCCUAUGUUUUGCCGCUGCUGCCAGAGGCUUUGACUGUUUACAUCCUCGGAUCGAACUAAAAACCUGACUCCCCUGACAAAACAGUGUUCUUACACCGGGUUCCAUUACAUUUCUACAUUUGUGUUCACAGUGUAUAUUUACCACACAGCUUGACAAUUUUCGGGUGUGUAUGUUGCGUUUGUGAGUGAUUAUUUGUACAAAGUGGGCUAACAAUGGACUCAGGCUACGAGGAGCUAACAAGAAGCUAGUCUAAUAUUCUAAGCACACGCUAUGUGAUUUUUGUGUCAUGGACAAACCUUUUUUGUUGUUGUUAAAUUUGUGCCACCUGAUCAACAAUUUAGCCAUGGACUAGCCAGGGAUUUAUGUAGGAGGGGGUGUCUUUGCAUGGCUUGGAGCACAACAACGCUGUACCUAAAGAUUAGCUUGUUUGCAAUGCAAGCGACACCCGAGCACUACAGCACUUCCCACUAUAGCACAUCCCAUGGAUACCCACUCUGCAGGUGACAAACACCCCCCAAAAAUCUGUCAGCCAAUUACAUUUCAAUAAAUGCCUUUAAAAAAAAAUAAAAUAAAAAGAGAGUGGGAUAAAUGCAUUUUUCCGCAUUCAUUCUCCUCUCAAUGUUUUUAAUGUACUCGUCUAUUUAGGAUUUUUAACUAGCUUUAUUUAAAUGCGCUCUUUAUGCAAAUGGCCUCAUGUCAGUGAUGGGAAUGUUGCCAUCAUUUCUUUUUUAAACAUAGGAUUGUCCACCCCUUAUCUGCUGUAAAAAAAAAUCCAUAUAUAACUAAAAAAAAAAAACCUGCCUCUUCCUCACCUCAAAGCUUUGGGUUGAAAUGGUUUUUACUUGCUCCUUUUUUCUUUGCUGGGAUGUGUUCCUUCAACAAAAGGGAAACAGGCCUGCUGGUUGCCUGUGUGCAAGGAGACGCUUGUGGCCAAAUGCUGCUUUAUGUCAUGUAUUUCCUCAUGGUUCUCAUUUCAUAGCCUCCUGGUCUGUGACCAGCGUGGCGUCAUGAGACUUGAUCAGACCCUACUACUUAAGCAAUACACACCCUGACUGUCAAUUAGCCCUCCUUGAGGGGAACUUCUCGUGCUUCUGAGUUGUUUAGUAAUGGCAUUAACAGUAUUACUGUGUUCCCAACUUCUAGGAAAGCCUGUCUUGGACUUCAGAAUUAAAAGAAUUGUGCCUUUUUAUUUUCUUAUACCAUUGACACGUGUUAAUAUUUCCCAUGGUUAACACUUGUGCUGGUAUUGACCCUUUAUGUACAGAACAAGUAAAUAAAAUUUACAUCUACUACUUUAAA